AUGCCGCCAAAAGAAGCCACAAGAAAAUGGAAGGCCCCUAAAGGUCCCAAACCAAUCCAACGUAGAAACAAAAAUGCCAUCGUGUUAGGUAGAUCCAUUGCCCAUGCUCGUCAAAGAGAAAAUGCAGUGGAAUUUUUACCAGAUGGUGAAAUGAGAUUUACCACUGAUAAACACGAGGCAAACUGGGUGAAAUUAAGAUCCGUCACGCAGGAAACCGCAUUGGAUGAAUUCUUGAGUACUGCCGAGUUGGCUGAUAAGGAUUUCACUGCUGAUAGGCAUUCAAAUGUGAAGAUUAUUCGUAUGGAUAGUGGUGUAGAUUCUGCUACUUCUCAGGGGUUCUCUUUAAGUAACGAACAACGUGGGAUCUUAAACGCCAAGCAAAGAUCAUUGGCUAAGGAUUUGAUUGUACCAAGAAGACCAUAUUGGGAUGAAUCUAUGACUAAAUAUCAAUUAGAAAGACAAGAAAAGGAAGCCUUUUUGGAAUGGAGAAGAAAAUUGGCACAUUUACAAGAAUCUAAUGAAGAUUUGCUUUUGACUCCGUUUGAAAGAAAUAUUGAAGUUUGGAAACAAUUAUGGAGAGUUGUAGAAAGAUCAGAUUUAGUUGUUCAAAUUGUAGAUGCAAGAGAUCCUCUAUUGUUUAGAUCUGUUGAUUUAGAAAGAUAUGUUAAGGAAUUAGAUGAAAGGAAACAAAAUUUGUUACUAGUGAAUAAGGCAGACUUAUUAACAAGGAAACAACGUAUUGAAUGGACUAAAUAUUUUAACUCUAAGGGUAUUUCAUUUACCUUUUACUCUGCUUUGAGAGCAAAUCAACUUUUAGAGUUACAAAAUGAGUUAAGUGAUGAUUACAAACCAGGGCAAUUCCAACAUCAAGAAGAAGAAAACGAUAAGGAUGAAGAUGAGGAUGUUGAUAAGGAAGUUCUUGAUAAGAUAAAAAUUCUUACAAUCGAUCAGUUAGAAGAAUUAUUCCUAUCGAAGGCGCCAAAGGAACCAUUAGUGGAACCACUACCGGGUCAAGAUCCUAUCUUACAAAUUGGCUUAGUCGGUUACCCAAAUGUUGGUAAAUCUUCCACAAUUAAUUCUCUAGUAGGUGCCAAGAAAGUUUCAGUGUCAGCUACUCCAGGUAAAACUAAACAUUUCCAAACUAUUAAACUAUCAGACUCCGUUCUAUUAUGCGAUUGUCCCGGUUUAGUUUUCCCAAAUUUUGCAUAUAAUAAAGGUGAAUUGGUUUGUAAUGGUGUUUUACCAAUUGAUCAAUUACGUGAUUUCAUCGGGCCAUGUACAUUAGUUGCAGAAAGGAUUCCUAAAUUUUUCAUUGAAGCUGUAUACGGUAUUCAUAUCCAAACAAAAUCUAAAGAAGAAGGUGGGAAUGGUGAAAUUCCAACUGCUCAAGAACUAUUAGUCGCGUAUGCGAGAGCUCGUGGUUAUAUGACGCAAGGUUAUGGUUCUGCUGAUGAAUCACGUGCAAGUCGUUAUAUAUUAAAGGAUUAUGUGAAUGGGAAACUACUAUAUAUUAACCCACCACCACAUUUGGAAGAUGAAACUCCAUACACUACAGAGGAAUGUCAAAAAUUCAAUGAAGAGUUAUAUACUUUCGAAAAAUUACCUGAAAAUAGACAAGAACAAUUACGUGAAGCGGCUAAAGCAAAAGGUAUCGAUGUGCUUGAUUUAUCUCGUGAUCUAAAUAAACUUACAUUCUCUCAACAUACUGGGGGUGAUGAAAUGAAAGAAGCUAAAGGUGUUACACAUGGUGGUAAACAAGCUGCCUUAUACAAUGCUGCAGAUGAUCUUGAUAGAGAAUUUUUCCAAAUGAAUAAUAUUGAAGGUAAAUUGACUACACCAUUCCAUAAGACACAACAACAGGAUGGUUCGAAAAAGCAUAAUAAAAGAAAUAAAAAGGGUAAAAAGAAAGCUGCAAUGAUGAGUGACUACUAG